AUGUAUUCAAAACACGAGUUGGUGCCGUUGAUCAACCAAUUGGAGAACGCGACAGUGUUUGUGCCUGUGAAUCUGGCAUUUACUGGUGAUGUUAAAGAAGAUAAGGACCUGUUAUUACGAUAUAUCGUGAACCAAAGGUUUCGGGUCGGAUAUAUGGAUCGACGGGCCAUAAUGUUAGAGACUCUUUAUCGACCGGGGGGCAACUACGGUAUUGGUCAUGGUAAUGGUAGUGGUAAUUACACCAUCAAGAUUAGCCCUAACUUUGAGACCUUAGAAUAUGAAGUCGAUGACACUGCAGCCAUUGUUGAAGUCGAUAUCUUUGCUAAACAUCAACGAUCUUUUGUUGAGGGGAUUCUGGAGUUAAUGCCAUUGAAACCGUCGGUUUGUGAUUUACUAAUGAAUAGCACCAAUGACGAUCUUGAACUCAAUGGGUUCAAAGUCUCAACCAUCAGACACUGGAUGACAUCGUUAUUUUUGGGUAAUGAUGAUAAGAAUGAUGUUGAUGGUGCUUUGUUGAAGAAGAAACGUAAUAAUAAUAAGAAGGAACGCAAGGAUCUUCCUUCUACGUGUGAAGAGUUCUUCAACAAUACAAGAACAGUUUUCAUCCCCACUGAUUCAUAUUUGCAUGAAUCCAUGAGCUCUUUGGAAUAUCGAUAUUAUUCCACGUUGUUUCAUGUUGUAAGGAACGAAAAGUUCAGCAAAAAAUCUUCUGCUAUCCACGAGUUGAAAUUCGACUUGAUUCGGUUGCUUUCUUGUAUUAUGCUUCCUGAGUUGAUAGGAGGUGCAAAUAUCACUAAUGGGAAGCAAUACCCAUUGAAAGAUGGGGGUUCAAAUUAUACUUUGGCUUAUAAUAAUGCUUCAAAUACUAUCACGGUCAAUGGGAAGAUCCAAUCGGCUUCUCUGGCUGGAUCUAAUAUUGUUCUUAGUGAUGUGGUGGUACAUUUAUUUGAUAGCCAACUGGAACCCUUUUGGAGUUCAUUAAACGUCACUUUGGCACCAAUGAUUAUGCGGAAGGCAUUGUAUGCUCUUCAUUUUUCCAACUUUGCGUCUGAAGUUGAAUUCAGGUCUCUUGAAGCUCUCAUAGACGGGCGAACCUCGGGUCAAACACUAUUUGUGGGCAUUGAUUCAAGAGAUGAUGCAGAGAAUGAUGAUAAUUAUUACUACACAGACAGUUUCAGCAACAAACAAACGUUGUUGUAUCGAUUUCUGGAUCAGUUCAUAGAUUUAAGGGAAGAAAUGGGGGAGCAUAGUCCAGUUUAUAAACUUUUAAACUCCAAAUUAUCAUCUAAAAAGAGAAUAAAUGGGAAUUACCAAAUCAAAUUGGCAUCAUCUUGGGAAAACAACAAUAUGAUUUCAACGGUUAACGAUGAAACUUUAAUUAUUGAUGAGCCAAUUCUUACAGCUAAUAAUAAUAUCAUUUAUGUGACUAAGAAUGAAAUCUUCCCUCCUCUGUCGCUCAAGCUGGUUUUGGGUGGCAUGCUAUCUUCAGGAGUGAUUCCUCGUCAUUUAAAUCGUUUACAAAUCAAUAAGAAAAGUUGUCUUGCAACAGUUGAAUAUUUGAAUCGUUUUGAUCUUAUUUCUGAAGUUGAAGAAUUGAAUGGGUAUACUGCUUUCUUACCAUGUGGUGGUGGUGGUCAUGUUAUCACCAGUGAUCCUAUUGGAUCGAUCCAUAGUGGUGGUGGUGGUGGUGGUGAUGUGAACCCUUGGAAAGCAUUGGGACUUGUUUUAAACCAUCUUGAAGCCAACCCAAAACUAUUUGAAUCCAUUCUCAAAGGUUUUUUCGUUAAGGGAAUGAUAUAUUCUGAUUUUGGGUUGGAACAUGAUGAAAAAUAUACUAAAAACCUUCGUGGUGAUCUCGUUAAAGUAUCAGAUACAAAGAUUGAAGAAGACGGAUACCAUCAGAUCUUGGUUAAUUCUACAUUGAUGAAAUUACCUUUGAAUUCAGAAAUACUUUUCAGUCAUGGGUUGGUUCAUACAGUUGAUAAGAUCAUUUUGCCCAAUAAUUUCCAAAUAUCCAUCGGGGAUUUGUUGAAAACUACCGAAGACAAAGAUAGUGCCAGAUUCAACUUUACAGAGUUGUUGGAAUAUGAUCAAGUCUUGAAGGCAGUAGACAUUGGCAAUUUCUCUUUACUUGUGCCUACUAGUGAAUCACUAAAGAAACAGAACAUCACCACUUCAUAUGAAAAACUAAACAAGUUCUUACAAUUGCAUCUUAUACCCAACGAUCAAUUAGGUUCUUUGCUUCAUUGCAUGUCAGGGUCCGGACGAACGGAUGUUGAUGAUGCAGACGAUUCCCACAUAGAACAAGAAGAUACUAUGAUUUCCACAAACUACACUCGAGCCAUAUUGAGAUGCAAACGUACCAAGAGAGGUAAAACUACUCUUCGUUUAUUUAAUUCAGAAUCAGAAAAGUCUUCAGGGAAACAUGAGGUUGUUAUUUCCAACUAUGGAUGUUCGUCCACCAAAUCUUGUGUAUUUCUUAUUGAAGAUUCCUUACGACUUUCAUGGCUAGAUGAACCUGAUGAUACUUUUCUACACAUUCAUUUGGGGUCUGUUAGUGUUGCAAUUGGGAUAGUCAUUGGCCUCAUGUUGGUGGGAGGAUUCCUAUUCGUUAUAGUUGCUUGUUUGGGAACGCCUAAGCUGAGAAAGUCUUCUUCCGGUCCCCUAGCUCCGGAGAAUAUUUUUGAAAGACCUCAGAAUAACUUUAUGAGAGUCAAUUUCGAUAAUGAGGAACAAGGACCUCUGUAUGAUUGUGGAUAUGAAACAGAUAUAGACAUUGUCCGUGAAGAAGAUCCACUCUUAAAGGGUCGUAAGAAACGGUUUAAAAGACAUAGGAAUUAUGGUGCAAUUAAUGACGGUAAUGGAAAUGGAAAUGGUACAACUGUCAAUGGAAAUGGUGCUACAUCUCCACGUGAUAUACGGAAGAAUAAUAUUCUCUCUACACUCAAUAGAGAGAGGAAUCUUCCUGAUGCUUAUUAA